AUGGUGGUGAUUCCAGUUACUCUUAAAGGAGCUAACUAUCUACAUUGGGCAAGGCUUGCUAAGACAGCUCUUGGAGGCAGAGAGCUUUGGGAGAUUGUUGAAGAAGGCAGACCACAAAAGAAGACUAUCCUAGGAGAGGAUGGCAAAGAGGUUGUUCUUGCUGAUGAUGGCGCCAAGAAGAAAUGUCAAGAGGACCAGUUGGUGUUGUCCAUUCUUCAGCACAGUCUUGACCCCUCACUUCAGGAAGGUUACUCCUAUUGUGAAACUUCCAAGGAGCUAUGGGAUACACUUCAGAAUGUGUAUGGAAACAAUUCAAAAAUCAAUAGAGUCUUUGAAGUCAAGAGAGCUAUCAAUACUCUUAUUCAAGAGGACAAUGAUUUUGAUAAACAUUUUGGGAAGUUCAGAUCCUUGUGGGCUGAACUUGAUAUGCUCAGGCCAGCAACUAUUGAUCCUGAUGUGUUUAAUCAAAGGAGAGAGCAAGACAAGGUCUUUGCUUUGCUGCUUACCCUCCAUCCAAGCUAUGGUGACCUCAUCAAGCACAUCCUAAGGAAUAAGGAGCUACCUUCUCUAGAUGAGGUAUGCUCUGAGAUUCACAAGGAGCAAGGCUCAGUUGGUCUCUUUGGAGGAGGAAAGAAAGAUUUGGUGCUUGCAAACCAAGCUGAUGGAGCAGCAAACAAAAGCUCUUACAAAGCUGAAGACAAGAAGGUGUGGAUUUGUGAUCAUUGCAAGAAGAAAGGCCAUGGAAAGGACAAGUGCUGGAUACUUCAUCCCCAUCUCAAGCCACAGAAGUUCAGGACAGGUUGCAAUGAUGCCAAAGCAAACUUCUCUGGUGAUAUUGGUGAGCCAUCUAUACAAGGCAGCAUGCGCCUAACCAAUGAAGCUUGUGAGAACAAAGGAGGAGCUUCCAGGAGUGGCUCAGCCUUAAGGAACACUCAAGAUGAGACCAUCAGGAGAUCUGAUAUUGAGGCUCUCAUCAAAAUCCUUACGGAUAACUCUGAUUCAGGAGCUAGUCACCACAUGAUCAGUGAUUUAAAAUUGAUUAAAAACAUUGUCCCUGCCUUAGGAAAUGUUACAAUAGCUAAUGGUGAAAGAGUACCAAUUAAAGGAGUAGGUGAUCUUAGGUUGUUUAACAAAGAUUCUAAAGCUUUAUAUAUGCCUAGCUUCACCUCAAACUUGUUAUCAGUUAAAAGAGCUACUAAUGACUUGAAUUGCAGUGUUACUUUCACUCCUAAUGAUGUCUACUUUCAGGAUAUUGAAACUAGUAGAUUGCUUGGCAAAGGUGUCACCAAGGGAGACUUGUACUUGCUUGAAAAUACUAAGCUUGCUGCCGAUUUAUCCCAUGCUUUAAAUUCCAUUUCUGAUUUCCCUCAAGAUGAGAACAAAGAGAUAAGCUGGCGCAUAGAAGCACCAGGGCAGUGUUUAUUGGCUAUUCUCCUCACCAAAAGGGCUACAAAUGCUUUGUUCCAGAGACUAGGAGAGUCUUGA